CUUGAUUCUGCAUAUACUGUCGAUAGUUGAAACUAACAAUUAAGCUACGGACCGAUCGAUUAUGUUUCGAUACAGUACAAAUAUACAGUGUUUAUUAAUUUGGACAAUAUUGUUAUUUUUACAUGUAAUUGGUAUUGAUAACGCACCAGCAAGUAAUGCUACCACAGAACUUUUGGAUGAUUUGAACACCGAGUGGGCAAAACAAAUCUCACGUCAAGCUAAAGCUGCAGAAAUUCAUGUGAUGCUCAAUACUAAAGAGGAUCCAUGUACAGAUUUUUAUCAAUAUGCUUGCGGUAACUGGCACCGUCACCACCCAGCACAGUUCUUCAAUCACAUAAUGACCGAUCAGUUUCAAUUGAUCGCAAACGCUUUCGACCGUCGACUUCAGUUGGUACUCCGAGAGCCUCGCAGUGAUGAUGAAGUUGAAACGAAAUUGAAAAACUUCUAUUACGCAUGUCAAUUGGUGGAAACCGAUGAAGUGCGAUAUAAGGUGGCGUUGCAACGUGCCUACCAGGAGUUUGGAAAGUUACCUAUGCUGGAUGGUGAGGACUGGAAGAGUGAGGAGUUCAAUUGGUGGGAGGCAGUGGCGAAAAUCCAGCACAAGUAUGGCAAACAAAUUAUACUCGCUGUAGAUAUCAUGGCCGACAUAGUCAAUAAUACGGGAAAUAAAGUUUACAUUGGGCCGCCCAAUUUUUCUAUCAGCAGUGGAACUAAAAUUCUAAGCAUGCUGCAGGAAAUAACGACAGUGCAACACCUCAAACGGUUUUUUGGUAUAGAAGAAGCACAGGCCACGAAAAUCACUAAGGAACUUAUUAAUUUCGAACGAGCAUUAGUUCGUGGAGGAUCUGAUUCUCGGCAGGGUCUUACACUGCAUGAAUUACUCUUACUUAAGUCCGUCGACGAGUUGCGUGAAAUAUAUAAUGAAAGUCUAGAUAUGUCAAAAUUUUUAGAAUUAGCUUUGGGUGCUGAACAAGUGCCAGAGUACGUUUACAUUUAUGAUGAAAAAUAUUUAAAUAGCGUUGUAAAAAUAAUAGCAGAGACACCACCGCACGUGGUAGCAAACUAUAUAUUAUGGCAAAUGUUGCAACCUUAUAUAGUCGAUGUCAAGAAAGACAAUAUGGCCAAGUGGUGCGUAGAACGAACAAAGCAAUACUUUGGCAAAUAUGUCGACUAUAUGGUUUAUCAACGUUAUAAGGAUCCUGUGGUGGAAAAGGAGGUUUACGAUAUGUGGAAUGAAGUGCGCGAGGUCUUUAGAUUAGAGCUACGUGGCAAUAAACUGGAUUGGAUCAUAAAUUCAACACGCGAAUAUGCGCUUGAAAAAUUAGAUGCCAUGAAUUUGUACAUCAAUUCUUAUGAAUCUGAAAAUUUCACCAUCCAAUAUGAAGAUCUGCAACUUACGCGUAAUAACUACGUCGAAAAUGUGCAACAAAUUUUACAAAUGGAAAGCCGUAGGAAGUUGAAACGUCAAAAUGGUCCCGUAGUCCCAUUGGAGGCGCCCGAAGUGUUUACUUUUACACCGGUCUACAAUGUACUAGAGAAUAAUAUUAGAAUACCUGUCGCACUUUUACAGCCACGUUACUUUUGGGGUGCACACUAUCCGCAAGCUCUCAAGUAUGCCACACUCGGAUAUUUGAUUGCGCAUGAGAUGGUGCAUGGAUUUGAUGACGAUGGUCGUAACUACGACAAGUUGGGCAACUUACGCAACUGGUGGGACGAAAAAUCAACAUAUCAAUUUGAGGAACGACGCAAAUGCUUUCAGGCGCAAUACCAUAAAUACCGCUAUGACGGACAUCAACUGCCGAACGAUGUAUCGCAAGCGGAAAAUAUCGCCGACAAUGCAGGCGUAAAACUGGCCUAUGGAGCAUAUCAGCGAUGGUUGAAUGCUCAACAGUUGGAAAACGUAACGGAUAUUCAGAGCAAGGAAACAUUUUCCCAAUUACAUUUUAAUAAUGAACAGUUAUUUUUCAUCGCUUUUGCCCAGCUGUGGUGCGAUGAUGUGCAGUCGUUCUUCCGCACAGCUCUGGCCAUUUCGGAUUCUCACGCCCCGGGCAUGUAUCGCGUAAUAGGAUCCCUAUCGAACUUCCAAGAAUUCUCUUGGGUUUUCAAAUGUGAACAAGAUGCACCAAUGGACCCCGAAUUCAAAUGCUCGCUUUACUAACAGUAAAUUUGGUAAACAAUAAAAAAAUUGUUAAAAUACAGUAAUCCCCGCUUAGGUGCCCCUUCUUAACAUGCAAGACUUUUGAGACACUUAAGCGGGAAAGGCACUUCAAUGAAUCCCUCUUAAGUGCCUCGAGGUAGUUACCAAGCAUUUUCUCAAAUACUUCGUUCUAAUAUAUUUUCUUUUAGAAUGAAAGUCACAUCUACAUAUUUCUUAUUAAUACCAAAAAUACUUAUUAAUACAAUAA